AAUGGGGAUUCAUCUAUUUUAGGUUGUCAGAGUACAUUUUCAUACCGAGGCUGUAAAGAAGUCAGUCUUUAAAAAGCCACAGAGGAAAAAAAAUUACCUGGAUUUUGCGCUCUCAUCACCAUCCGAUGAGGGAUAUGAAGAAGACAGAUAAGAAAAUGGAAAUGUUUUCUAAAGGGCUGCCAGGACGACACGAGAAAUUCAUACUCCUCAUCCUCUAUCUCAAUCUAUGGUACAAGCCUAUGGUUGAAGCGAUUCAUCCAGACUGCGCCAUUAUCCCUCAGCACAUGAGGGCUCGGGAGAUUUGUAGCCAGACGAGGUGGAGGGAGGCACAAAACCAGACCGACCACAGCGGAUGUAAAACAGAGUGGGAUGAGGUUGCAUGUUGGCUGAGAGCUGAAGUCGGGCAGGUGGUCAACGUAUCCUGUUCUGAGGUCUUCCAGCCUUUCUCCAGCAAUCAAGGGUAUAUUUACAGGAACUGCACUUUAGACGGCUGGUCAGAAAUUUAUCCACCCUAUGAGGAGGCCUGUGCUUUCAGUGAUGACAACGAGCCAGAAUCAGAGACAAGUUACCUCUAUACAUUCAGACAGGUUUACACUGUGGGCUAUGCCACCUCACUCAUCUCCCUCAUAAUGGCCAUAGUGGUGUUCAUGGCCUUCAGAAAGUUCCGCUGCACCAGGAACUACAUUCAUGUCAACCUGUUCUCCUCCUUCGUCCUGAGAGCCAGCGCCGUUUUCAUUAAAGACACUGUGCUGUUUGCUGAUGAGACCCUGGACCACUGCUCCAUGUCGACGACAGCGUGCAAGUCAGCCGUGGCUUUCUUCCAGUUCAGCAUCCUGGCCAAUUACUUUUGGUUGCUGGUGGAGGGCAUGUAUCUGCAGACCCUCCUGGCCCUGACCUUCGUCUCUCAGAGGAAAUACUUCUGGUGGUACAUCCUGAUUGGAUGGGGGCUCCCAUCAACAGUUCUCAUACUUUGGGUUUUGACCAGACUGUUCUAUGAUGAUAGAGGUUGCUGGGACGACACAGACAAGGUUGGUAUUUGGUGGAUUAUCAAAGGACCAAUAACAGCCUCGCUGCUGGUCAACAUAGUCAUCUUCAUCAACGUGAUCCGGAUUCUGGUUCAAAAGCUCAAAUCUUCAGCCAUGGCCGGGAACAAUGACACUGGACAUUUCAUGAGGUUGGCUAAAUCCACCCUGUUCCUCAUUCCUCUGUUUGGGAUGCACUACACUGUAUUUGCCUUCCUGCCUGAAAACACUGGAGUAGCAGCCAGACUCUACAUCGAGCUGGGACUGGGAUCCUUUCAGGGCUUUGUGGUGGCACUGCUUUACUGUUUCAUGAAUGGAGAGGUCCAAACAGAGCUGCGGAGGUGGCUGUGGAAGUGUCACAAUCAAAAUCAUCUCACGCCAGCCAAGCGAAGUAUCACUCAGAUCACAAUUCGAGCCCGUGACGGGCUCAGACGGCCGCCCUCUUCUGGCAACAACUCUUCAGUAUGAUUUUAAAGACUAUCAGUGGGAGAAAAGCUGAGACAUUGACAGUCAUAUAAGCUCAACAUGCUGACAACAUUAAUCCAACAACCCCUCCUUGAGAACAAAAGACCUCAGUGAACAAUGGUGAGUGAGGAAACAUCAAAUCGGUGUCAGCUGCUACUAUGUCUAUGACCACAGUGGGUACAGCACACACUUCAGCGCUUAAUCACGGUACUCCCUCUUGUGUCAUGGUUGUAAAAAAAAGAAAAGUAGAGGAACAUUGGUGCUUGAUUUGAAAGGAUGUCAUGGUGUCACUGUGGAAUGAGGAUAUCACAGUCAAGGCAGAGCUGGCCCUGAGUCUAUAGGAGGAUGAUUUCACAUGGUUGUAUUUACAUGAUGCUAUUUGUAAUAAAAAAUGAGCAAAUGUUGAGGGAUUCCAUUGAAACAGCUGUGGAAACAAUGGAUGUUUGUACUCGGCUAAAUUAUAUGGAUUGAGCUCGACUUGUCUAAUUAUUCUGUGCUGCCGUGAGAACUUCCAGGAUCGUUUGGUGUGGUGCAGGACUGAUGUGGUCUGAGUGUGCCAAUUGAUUUUCUUUUUUUUUACACAGCAAUUCACCUGCUACUGGAGAGAAUUUUUCAAUUACCAGGCUCCAGAGGGACCUGAGAGAGUGUAUUUAAAGUUAUCUGGGUGUGUGUGUGUGUGUGUGUGUGUGUGUGUGUGUGAAGCUGCCAUACAUCGGUACAUCAUGUCUUAAAAGUCUUCUUCUUUUGAGCAGCUGUCUACAUGGAUGAGCCAAGGACAGUACUUGUGAAUAUUUAUAACCUUGUUUUUCCUCAUGUCAUUUUUUUAUGCUGUUGCCAGAUGUAAUAAUCCAAAUUUUUUGGCACAUUCGUUGCACUAGUGGAGACACCAAACUAAUAAAAGCAUGGUGCCAGGCCUUUACAUGCUAAAAUGGCAUCAAAAUGGUACUGCGUAACUAGACGGAGCUUUUCAAGUGACACAAUGAUGACAAUGUCCUAUGAUACACAGUUUAUUGCUCACUAUUUCAGACACAUGUGAGUUGCCCACAUUUUGAUGACGGCACAAAUUUAUAGCGAAAAAACAAGAACGAUAAUUGUGUUUUAUAAUUUAAGCUGUAUGUAACACAAGGUGAGGACCCCUUUACAUAAAAAACAGCUACACUAGUCUUUGUGUUAUUUUAUUUGCACAUUGGCCAUUCUAAAAUAUUUAAUUAUCAUAACUAGAUUCACAAUGUAAAAUGUUACUGUUGAUGUGAUGUUUUAGUUACAGGACAAGACAGAGUUGAGUCUUGAUAGGGAUGCACUGAUCUGAUAGGUGCUGGAUAGAUAUUGAUCCCAAUACUGACCAUAUUAAGCACAUCAGGCAUUGGCCAAACAGGUCCACAUCAUGUUUUUUUUUGUUCUGCUUCAUUCAUUUGCUGUGGUGACUCAACAUUUAAAGCUGCUGCUGAGACUACGCCACUCAUUUCAUAAAAAUGUUCUAAACAAUAUAAUUAAAAUUUGCAUAAACCUAAAAAGGAUGUUGGUGUGUGAAUGUCUCCACUGAUAAUUAAAGGUCCUGAAAACCUAUUUUCACAAUCAGCUCGACAAAAUGAGCGAUGGGUUUCUACAUGAACACAAUGUUCUGCCAUAGUGGGAACAGUUUUGAUUAUUUCACAAGAGAAA